AUGCCGCCCAUCUCUGCGUCCAAGUUGCCGCCGGAACUGCGCCGCAUGGUCUGCGAUGCGGCCGACUCCCGCGAGGAUCUUUAUUCCAUGGCAUUAACCUGCACAUCCUGGUCCGCUCCAGCACUGGAUGCCUUAUGGGCGUCCUUGCAUUAUAUCCGCCCUCUUCUCACGUUGGCCACGCUGCUAGGGUGGUCAGAAGAGGAUGAUACCGAUUCAGACGAGUCGGAAUCUUCCAGGAGUAGCACCCCCCAGAUCGACUGGACGCGUUUUGACUCCUACGCGAAUCGGGUCCGUACCCUAAGAUAUUCCUAUUUUUCUGGUGGGAAUGGCAACGUCGAUGUAUACGACGUGAUCGGCGACCUAUUUAGGGCCAGGCAAAGGCCACUGUUGCCCCUGCUGCGGGAGUUCCGGUGGGAGCACGUCCAUUCGAGCAGCACCCUCGAUGUAAGGCUACCUGGCGUCCUUGAGGCUUUCACCACUGGAUCUCUUCAGGCCGUGUCCGUUUCGACGUCGCUCAUGGCCGAGUAUGAGGAUAUCCCCCGCAUCAGCGACCGUAUAUUGGCUAGCCGCGAUAUAGCCCUCGGCAAUUGGUUCGCCACUCUUCCGCGAAGGUGUCCAGGACUGGUGAACUUCAGCCUCGGCGGAUAUGUUCCAGUCUUCUCCCUGGACUUUAUACGGGAAUUCCAAUCACUGGUCGUGCUUGAUCUCGGGGACCUGCACAUGUAUAACACCGGAUGGGUCAAGGCACGACGUCUGCGGUCGUUCGCGCAGCUCACCCAACUCAAGACGUUCGCUGUUAUAGCGUACAUUGAGCGGCCACAGGAUAUUGCAGGAGCCUGGUCCGCAUUCCCGAUCCUGGAGACUUUGCGAACGGAAAACACAAUGCCUGCCGUCGCUAACGAGAUAGUCAGAAGGAUUUCAUCCAAUCGGUUGAAAAACUUCUUCUACAAUCUAACAGAAGACCCUUUGGACCUCUACGACGUGCAGCUGCUCUUCGGCUCGCUGGCACGGUUUUCAUCGUCCCUCACGACCUUGCGCAUUGAUAUCGAAUCGAUUUCAGACCCGGAGUCACCCGAUGGCGCUAGAUUUUCAGAAGUCAUCAGCCCCCUCCUCGUGCUGCCGAACAUUCAAGAGCUGAGGAUAUCACCAUUUUACCAGAAUCCCGACGACCUGCCGCCCUACAUGGCCGUCGAUGAGGAUCUUGAGCGCAUGGCGCGUGCUUGGCCGGCAUUGGCUGAAUUACAGCUGAACGUUCGAGUUGCAGACGGCGGAGUGACUUUCCAAAGUCUCGUUACCCUGGCUACCUGCAGUCCUCACCUUAAAUCACUAUACCUGUACUCAAUGAACGUCCCCGAGACACUCAACUUGAGGACAGCACCUCAAACAAGCCACCGGUUGGAGGUUCUCCAUUUGAGGAGCCCCACGUACCGCGAUGCCGAAGAGUUCGCAGGCGCUUUAUGGCGCCUCUUCCCGGGCCUGCAGACGGAAAAGAUGAGGGACAAAUUCCCUUCGGACGUUCUGGAGAGCUUGGAAGAGCUAGCGAUAGGGAGUCGGAUAGGCUGUUAA